GUGCUUUCCAGUGGGAACGACUAGAAGAGGAUAUAAAAAAGAAGUUGAAGGAUCCAGAAAAAACUGAAAAUGUGCUUGAGAAAGUUAAAUGUAUCCUGAAAACCCCAGGGAAGUUUAACACUAUAAAAGACUGCAGAUCUCAACAGAUGAAACGGCUGUAUAAUACUUCUCUCAGGGUGUUCUUUAAUACGCCUGUCCUGGCUGAUGUCAUCUUCAAAAUACAAGAUGCAACUGUACCAGCCCACAGAGCAAUUCUGGUAGCUCGCUGUGAGGUAAUGGCAGCUAUGUUUAAUGGUAAUUAUCUAGAAGCAAAUAGUAUUCUGGUUCCAGUGUAUGGGGUUUCCAAAGACACUUUCCUCUCCUUUCUAGAGUAUCUUUAUACCGACUCCUGCUGCCCAGCUGGUAUUCUCCAAGCUAUGUCUCUCUUGAUCUGUGCAGAGAUGUACCAAGUAAUGAGACUCCAGCAUAUUUGUGAGCUUUACAUUAUCACACAGCUUCAGAGCAUGCCUAGCAGGGAGCUGGCAUCCACAAGUCUCAGUAUUGUUAGCUUGCUCAAAAAAGCUAAGUUUCACAAUUCUGAUUGCCUUUCAACUUGGCUUCUCCAUUUUAUUGCCACUAACUACCUCAUCUUCAGUCAAAAGCCUGAAUUUCAAGAUCUUUCAGUGGAGGAGCGCAAUUUUGUAGAGAUGCACAGAUGGCCUUCCAAUUUGUACCUGAAGCAGCUUGCUGAUUACAGGAACUACAUCCACUCUCAGAAAUGCCAUUGCACAGUAAUGUAA